GGGCGACGAUGAACUGCAUCUCCGUUGUGCAUGAAACAGGAGCUUUGGUCCUGUCCUCCGAUCACCUCAUCUCAAUGCGGCGAGGCUUGCGAGACGGCGAGACUGGGCAACGCUUUGUGAGGGCGCAGACCUUGAGGCGUGGCGACCUGCUCCAAAACGCGGCAGGACAUCCCUCGGCCGUUCUCCGAGUACGGAAGUGCUGCGCCAAAGGACGCUUCGCACCACUCACGGACCGCGGCACCCUGGUGGUUGGCGGCGCUCAUUGCUCUUGCUUCGCCCCACCCGAGGGCUUCCACUUCGGCCACAGCCUCUGCCACGCAGCCGUGGCACCGCUGCGGGCCGCCGCAGUUCUGAGGAGGUCGGGUUUCUGCGUGGAAGAGGUCUUCGCCGCAGCCGCGCUCCUCUUCUCCGAGAACUGUGACAGGACGCUGCAUCCCUUCUGCGCUGUGUUGCUGCGGGCCGCACGCUGGUACGAUGGAUCUGUCCGCAAAGUUCGAGACAGCGAAGCAAGUUCCAAUGAGCAUUUCCUCUGA